AUGAUCUCGAGGCGGUCGCUUCUGUUGUCUCAGAAUCACCUGGGAUGCCGCAGUGCUGUUCUUCUCGGCGGCGUUGCGGCAAAUCUGCGUGGGUCGUUUCGUCCAUCGACUGCGGCGGCAGCCACCAGCCACCCACAAAGUGGUGCACUCACCGUCUCCAAGCGCCAGUACCUCGGCGCCACAGUUAUUCCAAACCUCAUGACUCACUGUACUCAAGUGGGUGCCUGCACGUCUCUCUCCACCAUCCUCUAUAGUCCCGUUGGUACUGCCAUGGCGAUCGUACUGGCCUACAACGUUAUCGUGAUUUGCUCCAAGCACGUGAACUACUCGCUCGAGAUUACGGCGAAGGACUACGUGCAGGACCAGCAACUGCUGACUAUCAUGCGCUACGGCAUUCUUAGCUGCAUCCUUCUCGGGAUGGAGGUUAUGUUUAUCGAGGUUUGA